ACACCAAAGUUUCCUUGAGCCGCUAUGGAGCGUCUCUGGCAUCCAAACUAAGCGCUUUAUAACCUCCUAUUCAUGUGCACUUUUAUCUUUUUAUAAGCUCACUGUCUGCUCUUAUUUAAGUGCGUGUUUCACAGGAACUGCAGGGAUAAUAAGAUUAAUAAUAAUAAUAAUAUUAAGCCUAAUAAUAACAAUAACAAUCAUUCUGAUUGGAGACAGAGGGUUUUGCGAGACGUCUAGGCUUUCGGUAAGGCCAGUGUGUUGUAGCGGGUCAGAAAUUUGUGUCUGGGACCAAUCACAUCUGGACCUCUUCUCUGAAACUAUUUUUUCAGCUGCACAUGCUACCAGAUUCAACAAGGAUUUUUACCCCCUGUGUAUCUUGAAGUGAUGUGGAAACUGUUGUAGGCCUGUUCUGGCCUGAGAGAUUCAGGACUUGAGCGUUGUGAUCUGAACCCUUUAAGUCUGUCUGUAGUCAUGCAUUUAGAGGUGAAAGUUGCACUGAACUUCAUAGUGUCCUACUUGUACAACAAACUACCACGGCGAAGAGCAGACCUGUUUGGAGAGGAGCUGGAACGCAUCCUGGUGUCGCGUUUCGAAGGUCACUGGUACCCGGAGGCUCCGUUGCGUGGUUCUGCCUUCCGCUGCCUUCAUCUUGGAGUUCCUGGGGACCCCGUGGUGGACCUGGCAGCCCGAAGGAGUGGCUUGGACAUGGAAGAAGUUCGUGCCAACGUCCCUCCGGAACUCAGUAUCUGGAUCGACCCUUAUGAAGUGUCCUAUCAGAUUGGUGAGAAAGGGGCUGUGAAAGUUCUCUACAUGGAGGAUCCACCAGGCUUGGGAGGUGAAGCUGAAGUAUCAGAAUGUUUAGGAGGCCUUUGUAAAGGAGAGCUGGAACUAGAAGAUGGGAAGAAUUUAGGCUUCAACCCAGAUGCUCAGGUCUUUGUGCCCAUCGGAGGCCGGGCAUCACCGGUCAUGCUCCAGUCACACACUAAUUCACCCACACCGCUCUGUCAAGGUCUGUUCAUCUACGCAGGCUCCAGUACUCCAACAGAUCCCACUGUGCACUCCAACACCUCCUCUCCAUCUCCACCAAGUAUAGGGCUGCCCUACCCUCACCCGGCUGCCCAACCUGGCUCCCGUCCUGCUCUGCAACAAAUCACCUUCACCACAGCCACCUUUGCUGCCACCAAGUUUGGCUCCACGAAGAUGAAGAAAUGCAUGGGAUCUGGUGUGGUGGGUGGAUCUGCCAGCACCGGUGCUCCUCAGCAGCGGAUGGUGAACCAUUCCCCCACCUCAAUGUCCUCUAUUUCACCACCUGGACUGGGAAAUCCCAAGCCCCUGUCUCUCUCCAUGCAUUCCCUGGCUGGUCCAGUUUCCAGCCAACUCUCACCCAAUGCCAAAGAGUUCAUCUACCCCGCCUCCCAGGGGCCUCUUUGUUUUGAAUCCGAGGCUCCGCACUUGACACACGCCGGUCCGUUCCAGGCACAGCUUCCAGGCCCUGCUCAUGCACACACCACUUUUGAUCCAUUCUCUACCACACCACCACCAGGCCAUGCUCUGGGUGUCGUGGGAGGCGGCAGUGGAAUUUCCUUCAUGGAGGGUCUGGGGGGCUACAACCUGCAGUACUCCAGCCAAGCUUUCCAGCCUGUAGUGUUGGCCAACUAAGUGUUCAAAACUUAAAAGAUGUCUUCUGGGAAUUUUUUAAUGUUUUUUUUUUUUUUUUUUCUUUUUUCCACCAGUUGAUACUAAUGCAUAGUUGCGGUGUUACGACGACUACAAACACUGAGGGUUUUUUGUUUUGUUUUGUUUUUGUUCCCUUCCCUGUAGAUUUUUGUUCAUAUUCAAGGGAAAUUUAUUUUCCUUUCUCCCAAGACAACGGAAAAUAUCCAGCCUCCCGCUGCACAGACGUUUUUACAACGAACGCUAAUUCGAUCUGGGUGUUUUUCACCAAGGUAUCGUUCUCUCUCUGUAGCCUGGUGGAGCAGCACGAGCUUGUUCCAAUACAGCUCCGAAAAAAAAAAAAAAAGCUUCGUGCUCCAGUUUAAUGUCACCAAGAGCAAAUAGAAGGUUCAGGAAUGGAGAGAAUUUGGGACUUUGCUAUAAACCGUGUAGUCGGGUCUCACUGUGGGGGGUGGGUGGGGGUGUUUAGGUGGGUUGUGCAGACAAUCUUGCACUGUGGUUUUUUUUUGUUAUGUUUAAGUAAACAGUCAGGACACGAUGCACAAUGUGGGUAUCGGGUCUUGUUUUCCAGUCAUACGGGGUUGUGCUUUUAAAGCUGUGAAACUGUUCAGGAAGACUGUCGUCUUAUACAAAAGCCAUAAUAUGGUUCACUGCUUUGGGUGGGGGGUGGGGGGAGUUAACGGUAGUUAAUAUAAUGGAGCGACGACUGUUAACGUGUUCGUGUUGGGCUCCUGGAGGAAAACGGUGCCGCUGGUGCAUGAAGGUAAGAGCAGAACCGGGGCGGACGGAAAUCAGCAGGAUGGCGGAAAGGUUUGUGAUAAACGAUGUGGCUUCGAGGAGGAAGGAGGGACGGGAACGUGCAAACGGGCAGCUACAGUAUAACCUUGGGCGAGGAGCGCCGAGCUCGGUGUCCUUCAGAUUUUGGAGCUGGGAUCUGGGACUAUGAAUGAAUGUGAAUCUGAUUUUCUUUCUCUUUAAAGGUGUAGACAUUUUACCUAUUAGACACAAAGAUCACAAUGUCUUUUGAGAACGGAUGGUUUAUGCUCUGUAUUACUUUUUAAUAGCCAGUCAGUCGAUCAGACUCUCGUGAUCGAGGAGACGGUCGGUAGAAUUCUGCCUCGAUCUAAAGACCCCUUGAGAUUUCUCCCUAGAUAUUUCCCGAAGCUGUAACGACCAAACCUUCUACGCCGCGUUCCUCAGGUCGCGACGUCCGUCAGUUCCGUGUCCACCGUUUUGGGUGGAUUUAGUUUUUUUUCUUUUCUUUUUUUUCGAUGGGAAAGGUCCAGAGGUUCGUCAUUACGGCUGGUUUAAAACUGGAUGUAUAUUUUUUACAUUGAUUUGUAAUUUAUUUACGAUUUUUCUAUAUAUAUAUUUUUUUCCCUGUGCAUUUUUUUCAAGAGAGAAUCUAAAGGUAUUUGUAAGAGAUUCUAUACAGUGUAUAUACUAUUGUGUGUAUAUAUUUCUUAUGUUAAAAUGUCCUUUAUUUAGUUUCUUAUGUGAUGAGGUUAUUUUUCCAGAAAUAACUAUAAUUAACGAGAAAUUCUAUAUAAUUCUAUAUGACGUUUCAUAUAAUUAUGCAAGCUGAAACUAAUAAAGUGUGUUUAACAGAG